GCCUGGAUACCAAUGACGUCACAGCCUCUGAUUGGCUGCUGGCUGCUUCUGCUUCCAGCAGCAGCUGAACUUUCCUCUCAGUUGAUCUCAGAGUUUAACAGAGAGAGGAUGAUGAUGAUGAAGCUGCUCCUCUUCCUCUGCUCCGUCCUCUGGGUCUCUGCUGAUGUUCUCCAUGAGGACCUCACUAUCAGAGGCUGUUCAGACUCUGAUGGAGAGGUCAUGAUCGCUCUGGAUGGAGAAGAGAAGUGGUUCGCUGACUUUAAGAAGGGAGAAGCAGAAGAACCUCAGCCUCCUUUCAUGGAUCAUACUAGCUUCCCGAAAGAAGCUUAUGAAGCAGCUGUGGGUGAUCUACAGAACUGCAGAUCAAACCUGGAAGUCUCGCGCAGGGCAAGUAAGGGAAUCCCAGAGGACAAAGAUGGUCCAUCUGCUCCAAUGGUCUAUCCCAGAAAUGAUGUAGAGCUGGGAAAGCAGAACAUCCUGAUCUGUCACGUCUCUGGUUUCUUUCCUGCUCCUGUUAACGUCUCCUGGACCAAGAACAACCAGAAGGUGACUGAAGGAACCAGCAUCAAUGUUCCCUUCCCCAACAAGGACAGCACCUUCACCCAGAUCUCCAGACUGGUCUUCAUCCCUCAGCUGGGAGACGUCUACAGCUGCUCAGUGGAACAUCCUGCCCUAAAGGAACCAGUCACUACACUGUGGGAUGUGGACGUCCACAGUCCUCAGCCCAGUUUGGGACCUGCUGUGUUCUGUGGAGUCGGUCUGACCAUCGGACUCAUUGGCGUUGCCAUGGGAACCUUCUUCCUGGUCAAAGGGAACGAGUGCAGCUGAUUGGCUGCAGCUGAUUGGUUGAUGGUUUAAUGGAGAAUAUUUCCUGUUUUUCUGUUUGAUUGAAUCAGUUUCUCUUUUCUCGAUCUCAGAUGUAAAUUAAACCUAAAAUAAAUGUAAAGUUUAUACUUCAUUCUUUUUUCUGCAGCAUUCAGAUUAUUUCCUGGUGUUUUAUUUGCUCUGCAGUCAACGUCUGAACAUCCAGUCUGUUUGAGCAAAUAAAGGAUUAUUA